CGAUCAGAUUGGAGAGAUCGAAUUAUAUUAUAUAUGGUCAUCGUCUUCAAAAGUAUAAUAAUGAUGGGUGAGAACAAUGUGAUGAGGAUAUCGUCAUCGCCUUCCGCAAAAUUGAUAGACGAUGCAAUUUCAAGCAAGAACCCGCAGAGCAGCGUGACGUGCGUGUACCAGACGCACAUCGGCGGCCACUGGCGGAGCGUCACCGUGGUGUGGAACAAGAACGUCAUGAACCACAGCGUGACCCUGACGGUGGACAGCAUCGAGGAGGUGGAGGAGGGGGGCCACGAUCACCACCCCACCUGCAAGAUCGACCUCAAGCCCUGGAACUUCUGGGCCAAGAAGGGCUACAAGACGUUCGAGGUCGACGGGAACCACCUCGAGGCCUAUUGGGACCUCCGCUCUCCUAAAUUCUCCGGGAGCGGAAGCCCCGAGCCCUGCUCGGACUACUACGUGGCGUUGGUGGCGGAGGAGGAGGUGGUGCUCCUUCUCGGCGACCACAAGAAGAAGGCGUACAAGCGGAGCAAGGCCCGGCCCGCCCUGGUCGAUGCCGUGCACUUCUACAAGAAGGAGCACGUCUUCGGGAAGAAGAGCUUCUCGACGAGGGCGAGAUUGGACAAUAAGAUGAACAAAGAAUGCGAGAUCGUGGUGGAGCUGAGCUCCACCACGGCAGGCGGCUCUUCCUUUUCUUCUUCGUCUUCAUCUUCGAAUUAUAAUAACAAUGGUUUCAACAAAGAUCCGGAGAUGUGGAUAAGCAUAGAGGGGAUCGUGUUGGUCCACGUGAAGAGUUUGCAGUGGAAGUUCAGGGGGAAUCAGACGGUGGUGGUCAACAAGCUGCCGGUGCAGGUGUAUUGGGACGUCCACGAUUGGUUGUUUUGUAGCAGUAGCAGCAGCAGCUUGCCCGGCGGCGGAUGGGAGCACGGGCUGUUCAUAUUCAAGCCGGAGGGGACGACAGGGGAGACGACGACGAGUGAUGCGGAGGAGAGCGGCAGCGCGGGCGGAGAUAGCAGCGAGUGCGGCAGCACGGAAAGCAGGUACUACUCAACCACGCAGAGUCACUCCGGCGGCGGCGGGUCAACGCCCUUUUGCCUUUUUUUGUAUGCAUGGAAGCUUGAGUAGCUGAAAUUUCGGCUCCCAUUUGUACUGUUCAUACAUACAUAUAUACUCCCUAGUUUAUUCUCUGUAUCUUAAUUCUUAAUAAUUACUCGUAUAAAUAUAGACAUAUAGUACGUACGUCGUGGGUAGCCUCAAAUCAAUGCAAAGCAUAAAG